AGGAGACAGGUGGUGUCUUUGGGCCUCCCAGAGGCGGAGCCAGGAGGGCCUGAGAUUUGUCAGGGAAAUCUCAGCCACCUGCUGCCUCAUGCAAAUAGACCCACGUGCCCCAUCACCACCACCACCACAGCUGCUCCUUGGGCUCCAAGGUUAAGCCCUGUUAACUCUCCCUGAGUAAGGGUGAAAGGGUAGCCUUAUUCCUUAGCUUCUACCUUUACUGUCCAGCAAGACCCCAGGAGUAACGUGGGCAAGCAUGAAGACAGACCCCCAUCCUAGGAGCAGGAUACAGGGUUCCCUUCUCUUUAUAGUCCUUUCUUUGCCCGGAAGGCAGGGGCACAUCGGCCCAGAGUCCCCCUGAAUCUCCUGUCAGCUCCCCCGGCUAGGAUCAGGCCCAGGGGCAGCUGGCUGGGGCUUGUGGAGAAAAGGAUUAUCCGGAUCAGCCCCUUCUAAUCUCAGCUUCUGCCUGGACCCUCUCCCCCACUGUCCGCAUGAGGGGACAUGGUUUGGGGUGUUGACAACAGGGUCACCUAUCACCUUUCCCUCCUGGCUCCUGGCCUGCUUGCUCAACAGGCCUGCACUGCCAAGAUCAUGACCACAAGUUAGGGCUAGGGCCUGGGGGCCACUGGGGGCCACUGGGGGCCACUGGAGCUGUGGCUGCUCUUGUUCUGUUCUCUCCCCAAACCAGUAAUCCUCACAGCUUUUCUCUGAUCCGUGGGCCUGAUGCUCUUAUCUCUGCCGGCACGCUAACCAUGGAGGCACCCCUUUAUUCCCCCCUUCUUGUGGUUGGAUGGAGGGGUGCUCUUCUCUGGCUCACAGACCUCCUCCCCACCCCUCCAGGUUGGCCCGCGUCUCUGGAAGCCACCCGCCUCCCUCCCUGGCCUCUCCCCCACCCCUGCCCGCUCAUUUCAUUUGCCUGACGUGGUUGUCGUUGGCCUUACCCUUCCCUGUCUGUUUCCCCCUCCCAGUCGGGGCCAGGCCAGGCCAGCUCCCCUGGCAGCAGAGGGGGGCAGGUGACAGGCAGGCUUCGCAGCUGAGAGACUCAGGAGGCGCCUGGGAAGCGGAAACCUGGGAGAAGUCCAGCCACAGCCCAAGAGCCAGAACCGCCCCUCGAUCUGUGCACCAUGGGGGAGAUGGAGCAGCUGAGGCAGGAAGCGGAGCAGCUCAAGAAGCAGAUUGCUGAUGCCAGGAAAGCCUGUGCGGACACCACCCUAGCUGAGCUUGUGUCUGGCCUAGAAGUGGCGGGACGAGUCCAGAUGCGGACACGGAGGACAUUAAGGGGACACCUGGCCAAGAUCUAUGCCAUGCACUGGGCCACUGACUCUAAGCUGCUGGUAAGUGCCUCGCAGGAUGGGAAGCUGAUCGUGUGGGACACUUACACCACUAACAAGGUGCAUGCCAUUCCACUGCGUUCCUCCUGGGUCAUGACCUGUGCCUAUGCACCAUCAGGGAACUUUGUGGCCUGUGGGGGUCUAGACAACAUGUGUUCCAUCUACAGCCUCAAAUCCCGUGAGGGCAAUGUUAAGGUCAGCCGGGAACUCUCUGCUCACACAGGUUAUCUCUCCUGUUGCCGUUUCCUGGAUGACAACAACAUUGUGACCAGCUCUGGGGACACCACGUGUGCCUUGUGGGACAUUGAGACGGGGCAGCAGAAGACGGUGUUUGUGGGACACACUGGAGACUGCAUGAGCCUGGCCGUGUCUCCAGACUACAAACUCUUCAUUUCGGGUGCUUGUGAUGCCAGCGCAAAGCUCUGGGAUGUGAGGGAAGGGACCUGCCGCCAGACUUUCACUGGUCAUGAGUCCGACAUCAAUGCUAUCUGUUUCUUUCCCAAUGGAGAGGCCAUCUGCACUGGCUCAGACGACGCUUCCUGCCGUCUGUUUGACCUGAGGGCAGACCAAGAACUGACUGCCUAUUCCCACGAGAGCAUCAUCUGCGGCAUCACAUCGGUAGCCUUCUCGCUCAGUGGUCGCCUGCUCUUUGCUGGAUAUGAUGACUUCAACUGCAAUGUCUGGGACUCUCUGAAGUGCGAGCGUGUAGGCGUACUCUCUGGCCACGACAACAGAGUCAGCUGCCUGGGGGUCACAGCUGAUGGUAUGGCUGUGGCCACUGGUUCCUGGGACAGCUUCCUCAAAAUCUGGAACUAAGGAGGCUAGAAGAAGAGAGGCGGGAAGCCAUGAAGAUUCUCAGCUGCUUCCUCCUAUAUUCAUCUCUUUAGGGUCAGUCUUCUAUAGCCCAGGGGCCAUUCCCAGUAAACUUUCUUUUGAGAGCAGUAGGGAUUAUUAUGGGAGUGUGCCUUUGGAAGCAUCAGGGACACAAGGGCAAAGAACUGCCCCAUUUCCGCCAUGGCCUCCCCUAUCCAGAGCCCUCACAGCUUCUUCCUUAAUAAACAGGAACAGACCCU